AUGUUAGUGGAAAAUUUUACCACAACCAUUGAUGAUUUAGCAGAUUUAUUAAUACGUGAAAAUCAAACUGAUGGCAUACCACCUAUUAUUUUUAAGCGUCUAAAAGCUAAACUAGAAUGUCGUGGAAAAUUAUUAACAUUAGGUUUUAUAAACGAAAAUGCCUUAUUGGACAAGAUUACAAUGAACUAUCCGACAUUAGAUUCAUUCAAAUUGAUGACUUAUAAACAAUUAAAUGAUUAUUGUCGUGAAACUACACAAAAUGAUCACAGAGACAUAUUAAAGAAUCCACAGUGGGCAAUUUUGGCUAGGCAGGCGGACAUUUGGGUUUAA